CUGGUCUACACUUUGCUUUUAGAUAGUGAUAAAUAGCAACAGCUGGUAACCUGCUCUAGCCAAUCACAACAUGCCUCUUACUUGAGUAAUUCAAGAUCUAUCUGCGAAAUGUUAUUUUUACUUACUGCCAGCCUGCUUUUGUGAUAUGUCUAUUUGGAAGAAAUAGAGCCGAACGUUUAUUUACAUUUUUAAAAAUUUUUAUUUUACUCCUUUUUUUUAAUUACCACAUUUAAAUUAACUCUCUGUUGUCUUCCAUCAAAUAAUUUGUCAAAUAGAAUUUACAUUAUGCCGCCAAAGAAACAGGGGCCAAGUAAAAAAACUGAAAUUAAAAAGCAGGAAAAAAUUAUUGAAGACAAAACUUUCGGAUUGAAAAAUAAAAAAGGAGCAAAGAACCAGAAAUUUAUUCAGCAAGUACAACAUCAAGUUAAAGCAGGAAAUCAAAGUGCUCGAAAGGCCGAACUUGCCAAAGUUGGUGAUAAAAAGAAAGAUGAAAAGAAGAAAGAAAUUGAUGAGUUGAAUCAGAUAUUUCGUCCAGUUCAAAAAGUUGAGAAAGGUGCUGAUCCUAAGUCUGUAUUAUGCGCAUUUUAUAAACAAGGCCAAUGCACAAAAGGUGAUAAAUGCAAGUUCUCUCAUGAUCUGAGUAUGGAACGAAAAAGUGAAAAGCGCAACAUGUACGUUGAUGUUAGAGAUGAUGAUGCAAUGGAAAAUUGGGAUGAAGAUAAAUUAAAAGAAGUAGUGGAAAAAAAGCAUGGAGAAAAUGAUAGAAAAAUGCCCAAGACUGAUAUAAUUUGUAAAUUCUUUUUGGAUGCAUUAGAAAAUAAUAAAUAUGGUUGGUUCUGGGAAUGCCCAAAUGGGGCCCAAAAAUGCCACUAUCGACAUGCAUUACCACCAGGAUUUGUUUUGAAAAAAGAUAAAAAGAAAGAAGAUAAAGCUGAAGAAAUUUCAAUGGAAGAUUUAGUAGAAAAUCAGAGAGCAAAAUUAGGAUCUAAUUUAACACGAAUCACAUAUGAAACAUUUCAACUUUGGAAAAAGAAAAAGGUUAGUUAUAAGAAGCAGCAACUCUUUCAGCAAGAGUUGACUUUUCUUUCUUCUUCAAAAUUUAUGUAUAUGCUAUAGUUGAGUGGUCGUGACAUGUUCACAUUCAAUCCUGAAAUGGCAUCUGCAGAUCAGAUGGAAGAUGGUGAGGCAACAUUUGACAUCCUGAGGGAAGGAGAUGAAGGAGAAGAAACUGUUCCUUGCCUAGAAAUAUCUGCUGAAUUUUUAAGUAAAACUAUUGAAAAUGCUAGUGAAGGAACAGUUGCAUCACAAAGGCAUUGGGAAGGUAAUCAAGUUGUUGAGGCCGCAGGUGGUGUGAAAGAGGUUGAAGUUAGCACUGAUGCAGUUCCCAUUGAUGAAAACCUAUUUGAUGAAGAUCUAGAUGAUUUAGAAGAUCUAGAAGAAGAACUAGAAAAUCUUAAUGUUGAUUGAUGAAAAUGUUAUAGAAUUUAAUAAGACGUCAUGUUAUAAUGGCUCUGUGUUAAAUUUGUACAGAUUAUUUAAAAUGAGCUGUGUGAUUUUACUUCAAUCGAUAUGCAUUAAAACAGAUUUUUUGUUUUGCAUUGAAAA